AUGGCAUUAGAAAAUAAGGAAGGGAACAGUGACUUGGAUGUUGGUUCGAACGAAUUGAGCGUUGAAGAGACAAUGAAAAAUCAAGACGCACCAACAGAAAUACUAGAGGAAGUCAAAGGACUGGAUGCAAAUCGCUAUGCAACCAAAAAAACCGUUGCCCAGGGCAUGUUGGAUAUAGCGUUACUAACAUCAAACGCCUCUCAAUUGAAGUAUGUUCUCCAAGUCGGGCCACGUCAUGAGUUUUACAUGCUGCUAGUAGUCCUAAUAUCUAUUUCUAUAGUACUACAGGUGGCGAUGGGCUUAGUGCUGCUGUCUCUCAACCUGUUACGUGACUGCUUAUUCCAUAAACCUCAACAUAGGAACUCCGCGCUUAAUAUAAAUUACGCUACAACGGGAACAGCUUUCAUUGUUACCGUGCUUAAUGUUCUCGUUUCUGCCUUUGAUUCUUCACUCGCUAGAUAUCAGGAAUUCACAUAUUUUGAAUAA